UGUUACGUUGGCAGUGAAUGAAAAAAUGACUGGCUUCCAACUUUUUCCUCACUACACUACCAUUGUAGCUUUCAUUUGACAGGGAAGACGAGAGAGAGAGAGAGAGACAGAACUCAUCAUCUUCACUCAGAGUGAAGAAGUGGUUAUCAUAAUAUAGAGAAAGAGAGGUUUCUCCUCCUAUUCUGCCUGAAACAGUCAUGACGGGGGACAGAGAGGUUGAUAGCCAAUAUUUGGGUGUCGCAUUCUCAGCCGACAAUUUCAAAGAACUUUUUCCUGAACACAGCGAUCUUAAUUAUGAAGAGCUUCUUCAACAGCAGGAAAGUGUUUAUCAGUCACUGCAAGAAAGUGGCAGGAAAAGGGGUAGGACAUCUGAUGAGGGCCAAAGCCAUGAUGGGAAUCAGCUCUCAGGGCAAGAGGGUGGAUCUUCGCAGAGGGGAAGUGGUGGCGGUGUCGAGUCACAAUUAGCUUUGGAUGAAGCUUUAGCUAGACUCUUGCAAGAAUUGGGGGAUGACUUUGAUGGUUUAUUCAUAUCUGAUGGUGCAUCAGGGAAUAGAGGAGAAAAUUCUGGAGGAACUCCUGUCAGUUCUAGAGGAAUUACUGUUAGGUCUGCGAGUCCAGAUGUGCAGCAAGAUGAUAUAGAUCCAGAUCAAAUGACUUAUGAGCAAAUGUUAUCUUUAGGGGAUUCUGUUGGUGCCGAGAGUAAAGGACUGUCACAAGAGCUCAUCUCCAGAUUGACAUCUUUCAAAUAUAAAACAAGAUUGUUCUCUAAGAAAAAGAUGAAUGAAGAGUGUGUGAUCUGUUGCAAGAAUUUUGAAAGAGGGAAACUUUUGAUCAGCUUGCCUUGUGCACACAAAUAUCAUUCAAAAUGUAUUACACCUUGGUUGAAGAUCAGGAAGACCUGCCCCAUCUGCAACAAGGAGGUGCGCGAUUACUGAUAUCUAGGAAAGCUUGCAUCGCAAAGAUGGCAGGUCCGAUUCAGAAACUGCUUCGAUGUGUGGUUUUUGAACGUUGGUAAUAUAAGCAGAUGGUACGAUCGGUUUUAGUUUAUAAUUCACCUUAAUGAACUGGUUUUGUUACUUAUUUAAUUUUCCAUUGUAUGUAAAUAUGUAAUUUCUUAUUAUCUAAGAAUCAUAUAUGGAUUGUCCAAGAAAAGAGGUGACUGAAAAAGAUUUUUGUUUUGUUUAACAUGUUCUAAGGUAUUUAUAUGUUACCUAUGUGAUGUAGGGAUUAAAUUAAGCUUAUUAUAUUCAAGUUUGAUUCCAAUUUUCUUGA